AAUCCAUUUGCGAGCAACUGUUUGAACAAUCAUGAAGUCUACGAGUAUAUAGAGUUAGUUUUAAAUAUAGUCUUGAAUAUCUAGUUUGUGCUAAGUGAAAGACAAAAUGAAGUGGGUCUUUUAUGUUAUCGUAUUUAUUUACAUGUUCUAUAGAGCAGUUUAUGGUCUAAAAUCAAUUCAAAAAGAAACAAGAGGAUUAUCCAUCGAGCCGAUAGAUUAUGGAUGGGAUAAGCACUAUUACAGUGCAGGUACACGAAAAUCCAUCAUCUGCAAGGGCACAAACAAAAACCAAAAGGUAGAAUGGGUAAAUCCUUCAGGAAAUGUUGUACAGCGUGUAGCGACGAAUAGAGUGUUCGCGCAGGAACAUUUUUUACCAACCUACCAAUCACGCGUUCCUGCUAUGGUUUUGAUAUUCAGUCAUGCUAAUGUAGAAGAUACAGGAGUUUGGGAGUGCCGAUCUGGGGAUGUGAAAAAAAGUGUUUCACUUUGCGUAAUUGAACCGUCACAAUUCUUGGAUACACCAACAGAAGUAACAGUAGACCGAGGCCGUUCUAUAACGCUAUCUUGUCAGGCAAAAGGUGAACCCGAACCGAGACUGCUUUGGCAUAGAAAUGGAGAAAUUAUAACAGAGGAUCUCAAUCCUUCAAAGUAUCAAGUCAUGACUAAGUAUAAUAGCCAAGGAUUUGAAGGUCUCUUGACUAUUACAUCUCUGGAACCCGAAGACAGUGGCGUUUACAAUUGCGAGGCGAUACAAGAGAGUCCGCGUAUAGAUGAUUGUAUGGCGAGCGUCAGCGUGAACAUAAGUCUGCAAGUUAAUUAUGCCCCUAUGUUUGCUGAUGGCAACGAUACAGCAUUGGUUCCUGGCAAAGAAAACGAAAGCGUGGAUUUAGUCUGUGCUUCAGACGCACAUCCAACACCAACCUACAGGUGGUUUAAGGAAGAUGGAGAUAUUUUAACUGAGUUUGCAAAGGAAGAUAUAAAAUUAUUAGACAAUGGAGAGAAGGCUGUACUUACUUUAGUAGCGAAUGAGACGACUUUUGGUCAAAGAUAUCGAUGUCGGGCUAGCAAUCAAUAUGGAGAGUUUGAUAAAAUGUUCGCAAUAUUAAAAUUAGAAAGACCUAGGAAACCAAAUGAGGUAAGCCUAGAAAAUUCUACAUAUAAUGCCUUGAAUUUUGAAGUUAAAUGGUACGGAGAAAUAUUCUUCCCAGUCGAGGAAGUACUUAUUCAAUAUAUGGACUUAAAAAGUUUCAUAAAAAAGCGAGUAGGAACUCCUAGAGAGAUGGACUGGAAAACAGCCGGCGAAGCUCUUUUAAAAGUUGAUGGGUACGAUGCUGUGAAUACCGAAAGUGCAGGACUAAAGGUAACGUUACCUGAAUUAGUUGAAAAAACUGAAUACUGGGUACGGAUUCGUGCUUCCAACGAAGCCGGUGACUCUCCAUGGUCGGAACCAAUACUUGCUUCAACAAUUGAUCGGCCGGAGGUUGAAGCAAAGAUGGAAAUUGUUGAAAAAUCGCAAGAUGAUCCAGAAGCAGCGACUGCUUCGGAGAUAUCUGAUGGAACAUUUUACGGGAUUUUCUUCGCUGGUGGCAUUCUAGUAGUAGCCAUAGGAUGUAUGUUUGCCAUGCGUUUGGUUUAGUUAAAUUAGUUUGGUUAAAUCUAAUGUUAUAAAAUUACUUGUUAUUUUUGCGUCGGCAUAUGUAAUUUUUUCUCUAUUUUUUCGUUUGGUAAAAAUGUUAUCAAAUA